AUGAACGAGAAUGAUAAAGAACUUAUGAUUGCAGCCCUCGCCCAGCAUAAACAAAUGGAUUUCAAACUCCUUGCACAAACCCUCAAGCCCGACUUGCAGCCCGAUGAAAUCACCAGAGCUAUGGUUGAGAACGUCGAUAACGAUUCCGCCGAACCACCGAGCCUGAGCAAAAAGAAAGAUAAAGGACAGGCAAAAGCUGCAAUUGUUAAGCUGGAGAGAAUUGAUAAAGAGGACCAAGCAUUUGAGGAUGCAAUUUUCAGCAGCAAUUACGACGAGCUUUGA